AGCAUAACAAUUAAGGAACCAAAUAGUGAAUGUCAACGACCACAAUGUGUUGAACCGCAAGGUUUCGGUGCUGUAAAAACGCGAAAUGGUGUCGCAGCUGCAUCACGACAAGCUGCCGUAUUUAGGGUAUUGAAAAAGCGAGAUGCAAGAGAUGAAAAUAUUGUGGAUGUACGCACCGAUCUUAAUACAUUAGAUAUUAAUGAAGAGUUUACUUCAUUACCGGAUGCAUUGCGUCAUCGAUCAGUAUCAACAGAGCACGAAAUUGGUCAUCCAGUAAUUGUUGCUACAAUGAAUCGAGGUAUUUGUAUGUCAGUAACCGGUUUUACAUUUGCCAGUAUGCUUACACUUACCGUCUUUACGGUUGCUACAGUUAUUGCUAUCACAUUAUUACGAUCACAUUCUACUAAAGCAUAA